AUGAGGCCGCUCACCUACGUCUUCUUCCUCCUGCUCAUCUCGUCAACCUGCGAGUCCUCUAGUACAUUAGAAGACACAUGCGAAUCCUUCGCCGCAGGCCACCCGUCCAUCGGCUACAACUACUGCGUCAAGACCUUCCACGCCGACAACGCGAGCGCCACCGCCGACGCGCGCGGUCUCGCCGCCAUCGCGGCAAAGAUCGCGGGGGCGGCGGCCAACAGCACGGCCAGACGCAUCGCCGCAUUGUGCGCCUCGGAGGAGGACGUGGGAAGGCGGGAGCGCCUCGGCGUGUGCGCGGAGGUGUACUCUGACGCGGUGGACCAGCUCGGCGAGGCCGCGAAAGACGUCGCCCGGGGCGAGGACAAGUCCACCCGGGACGCGCUGACGCAGCUCAGCGCGGCGCUGGACGCGCCUGGGACCUGCGAGGACGCGUUCGGCGAGGCCGACGACACGUCGCCGCUGGCCGCUGAGGACGCCGAGUUCAGGAAGCUGGCGACCAUCGCCCUCGGCGUCACGGCGUUGCUGUCACCUCCGCCAUCGGUGCCGGGGAUUAGUGACUGA